UACGCUUUCCAUAGUUUCCCGAACCCUGCCUGCACUUACCAUUCAACUUCUGCACAGACUAAUAGCAGGGCCGGUGGUUAUGCUCUGUUUCAAUGUUUUGUGAGAAUUCUGCAAUCAUCUUCCACCUGAGUUCAGUUUCAGAGGGUAGAAUUUCAAUUUCAGAUUGCUAAAGAGAAGAAGAAACAAAGCUUGAUGAGAUGGGGAAAAAAUUGGGGGAGCUGAACUCAGAAGACAAACAGGGCAAACCCAAUCAUGUCAUCAGGAUCAGUGACUGUGAUAUAAACCAGGAACGAUUAGCUUGUAUGAAGCGACGAACCUUAGAAUCACCGCGAUUAUUGAACAAUUCCUCCGGCCGAAGCUCCUGCUCCAUCUUCAGAGUUCCUCAGAGGUUCAUCGAGACGAAUGGACGAAUCUACGAACCCAACGUCGUCUCCAUCGGCCCUUACCACCGCGGGAAGCCUCAGCUGCAGAUGAUCGAAGAGCACAAGUGGCGGUUUCUUGGUUCCCUCCUCUCUCGUACCGAAUCCAAAGGUCUCACCUUGGAAGACUAUGUGAGAGACGCAAAGCGGUUAGAACAAAAGGCGCGAGAGUGUUACUCAGAGACCAUUUCCCUGAACUCUGAUGAAUUCGCAGAGAUGAUGGUGCUUGACGGCUGCUUCAUCAUCGAGGUCUUUCGCAUCGUUGGGAAAUUGGUAACUCCCGACCCAGAUGAUCCAAUCUUGUCUACUUUUUGGCUCUUCACUUUUCUCCUCAGGGACUUCCUCAGGCUUGAGAAUCAACUCCCCUUCUUCGUCCUCCAAUCCUUAUUCGAUCUAUCCAAAAUGCCCGAAGAAGAAAAAUACCAAACAGGUGGUGGGCACUCUCCUUCCCUGGCCAUGCUGGCUUUGGGAUUCUUCAAUCAUUCUACUCUAGACAGACCCCAUGAAGUGAUCGAGAGAUUCCGAAACUACCAGCCAAAGCAUCUACUGGACUUGCUCCGAUCAACCUACACAGAGUUGACUCAAGAAGAACGAAAGGGCAAACCCGUAACUCAUCUCAUCGAACCUGUGACCAAGCUCCGCCGCUCAGGGAUCAAACUGAAGCAGAGGAUAUCCUCCGACAAUUUCCUGGACGUGAGCUUCAGAAGUGGAGUACUUGAAAUGCCAGCCAUUACCAUCGAUGACUUCACGAGCUCCUUCUUCGCCAAUUGUGUAGCUUUCGAGCAAUGCCACAGACACUGUUCCAAUCACAUCACCUCUUACGCAACUCUACUGGAUUGCCUCAUCAACACCUACAAGGAUGUCGAGUUUCUCUGCGAUGCCAAGAUCGUAGAGAAUUACUUUGGGACGGAAGGAGAAGUGGCUAGGCUCUGGAAUAAUUUGGGAAAAGAUACAGCCUUUGACGUCGAGAGAUCUUAUCUUUCCAGUUUGUUUGGUGAGGUGAACGAUUAUUACUGUAGUGGGUGGCAUGUACAGUGGGCGAUCUUCAAGCAUACUUACUUUAGCUCACCAUGGUCAUUCCUUUCAGCUGUGAGUGCAGUGAUCCUCCUCGUCCUCACCAUGAUCCAGACCUUUUAUUCUGCUUAUCAAUACAUCUUCCCAUCCAAGAAUAAAGGCAAUUGAUCAUUUGAAAUGAGGUUUGUUCUUGAAAGUAUUACAAGGCAUUUAAUGUUUAAAUUUCAAAUUCAUUCAAUU